AUGGUUACUCCGGAAAUGUGUUGCGCUCAGUAUAGUAUGCUAGCUGCUGAACAGCGACUAAAGGUAGAAAUUGAACGUGUGCCAAUACCCGUAUAUGUUUUACAGGAUGCAGGUUAUGGAGAAAAAUAUUUUUUUACACCGGAAAAUGAAGAUGACUCAGAUGAUCAAGUUACAAUCGAAGAUGAGAUCAAAUGUGCGCCGUGGAAUACUACACGUGCUUUUAUCUCGGCCACGAGAGGUAAAUGCUUGCUGGAUCAAACGGGUAUCGCCGAUCCGACAGGCUGUGGCGAAGGCUUCUCAUACGUUCGUGUCAGUGCAAAACCGCAGAAAACUAAAGUAAGUUUUAUUUCUCUGUCCUAUAAUCCUUUUACUUUUAUUCAGCAAGCAGCUAAUAAUCCAAAAAUGGGCACUGGCGAUUCAUAUUUCCGUAAUGCAUUGAAACUUUCUCAGGAAGAAGUAACAAAUGUUCCUAAAAGGCUUGUUACUGGAACGAAUGCGGAUCUUCGAAAGCUGCCACUGAAGGAGGCGAAAGAAAUCUGUCGAGACUAUGGAGUUCGGGAGGAAGAGGUAUUUUUAUCUGUUUCUGUGAAGAAAGAGGUAUUUUCUGUGAAUAAAAUUCGGGAGGAAGAGAUCAAUUCACUAAGUCGGUGGGAGAUUAUCGAUGUUAUUCGGACUCUGUCGACCCAGGCAGCAAAAGCUCGCUCCGAUUUUUCCGGUAUUCUUACAUCUGCUACUUUUUUUAUCAUGUUUUUGCAUGUUUCUGACACUUUUUUCAGUGUGCUUCAAACGUAUAGAUAG